AUGCCGGUGCUAGACGUUGAGGAUCUGCUGCAAGCAUUCGACCCUGCUCUGGACCCUCCAAGAGAACGCAAAUACAGCUUGCUGCUCUUCCAAAGCAUAAUGUUUGCCGCAGUUGCCUUUGUUGACGAAAAGCUAGUCGAGGAAACGGAGAAUAAAAGCCUGAAAGCGGUGAGGAAGUCCUUCUACCAGAAAGCCAGGACACUCUAUGAUGCAGAUAUUGAAUCUGAUAAUCUGGUUCUCAUUCAAUGCCUUCUGCUGAUGAGUCAAUGGGCCGAAAAUACCGACACUACGAAACAAAACUGGCACUGGACUGGAGUCGCGACUUCUCUAGCACAUGCAACGCGAUUGACGCAUAAUCCAGAUGGAUUCAAGCUUCCCCAAAGAGUGAAAAGUUUGCGUAAGCGCCUUUGGUGGUGUUGCUUCAUGCGAGAUCGACUGCUGUCACUAGGAAUGAGUCGGCCUAUGCGUAUCCGUGAUGGAGAUUUUGACGUGCCUCUACUAACUAUAGAUGAUUUCGAGUGUGACAUCCCAACGGUUACAUGUUCACGAACAAGUGAGUACCCUAUUAAUACUUACAUCCGACCUAGUCUUUUCGACAAAUCAGUAUCGACAAAACUGGCUCAGAUCUUCAUUUCAAACGUCAAACUUUGCGUGAAUAUUGGCGCCAUUUUCUCGGUCCAAUAUACGACCUUUAUGAGAGGUUCCCAGCCGUUUGAUGGGGGACCCAACAAUCCUUCAGCGAAUAUUAUGCUAUAUCCAAUAUCCAAUCAAUCAUCAGAUCGUGCUUUUGUACAAAUGAGAGAUUCUACCUUUUCGGUCCUAGACAACGACUUGACAGAAUGGUUCCACACGCUUCCUCAAUUUACUCAUCUUUCCGAAUUGCGUCCUCAAUCAGGCUUGCGAUCGGCGACCUCCCAUCAAAGCGAGCGCGAACGUCAUGAACCAUGCGGGACAAGGACUUCAUCUGGGGUAAACAACCUCCUCCAGCCCAGCAGCGUAGCAGUUCAAGCAGCUGUUCUGCAUAUGAGCUAUUACGCAACUUCCUCAGCUCUACACCGACCAAAGAAUCGCUCUCCAGCUUCGUCGAAAAAGGUUAUGGAAGCUUCAGAGGGUAUGGCAAGCUGUUGUGCGUUCCUCAACAAAAAUUGUCUUAUCAAGUACCUUCCUGUCAAUACAAUUACCAUGUUGAUGGCCAGCAUCAUUUGGCACGUGCUCCUUCUCAAAACGAUGGUUUCAACUGAUGGUGAUGGGAAAGGCAACACCGCCGAAGGAAAAGAUAGCCGCAGAGCACGAGACAACUUGAGCGAGCUUUUAGCAUCUCUCCGAGUGCUGCGAAACGCCCACGUUGGAGCGGAUUUUGUCUCAUCGCUCGUCGAAGCCUUUUUGACCCGGGUACGAACAAAGGUCGUUUCAUCUCCUUCCACUUGUCCCACGUCCCGGAGGGAAUUCGAAAUUGAGCUGAAUUGCGAUCAGCUGGAGGCGAACAUCCAGUUGAAUACUGGACAAAAAACUACAAAUCAAGGGCCACCUACUCCACAGAGUCAAAUCAUGGACGCGGCACCGACACUGUUGUUAAGCACACCAAAGACGGCUCCAAGCCCGAUCUCACAGGAUAUCUACCCAAGGUUGGAGGAUGAGGACUGCUUCAGCCUCCCAUAUGGAGCAGAUCUUGACGGUUACGAAACCGCUGAGAACACCUUGAAUAGCAUUCUUGGGUUUCCCGAUUUUGAUAGCAAUACUGCGGCAGAAGGAUGGAACAUGAACAGCCCUGAUAUGGGCCUAUGGGACGCAGGUAUGACCAGUUUGAAUGACCUGGGUUUUACGUUGGACUGGCCUGUCUAG